UCCGGCCCCUCCCUCCCUCCCCGGCGCAACAUGGCUGCGGCCGCCGCCUCCGCCUCCCAGGACGAGCUGAAUCAGCUUGAACGAGUCUUUUUACGACUUGGACAUGCUGAAACAGAUGAGCAGUUACAGAAUAUCAUAUCUAAAUUCCUUCCUCCUGUUUUGCUCAAGCUGUCCAGCACCCAAGAAGGCGUGCGCAAAAAGGUGAUGGAACUGUUGGUCCACCUGAACAAGCGCAUAAAAAGCCGCCCCAAGAUACAGCUCCCAGUAGAGACGCUACUGGUCCAGUACCAGGACCCUGCUGCGGUCUCCUUUGUCACAAAUUUUACUAUAAUUUAUGUUAAGAUGGGCUAUCCUCGGCUACCGGUGGAGAAACAGUGUGAGCUGGCUCCUACGCUUCUUACUGCCAUGGAAGGCAAGCCUCAGCCCCAGCAGGACAGCUUAAUGCAUCUUUUAAUACCAACCCUUUUUCACAUGAAAUACCCUGUUGAAUCAUCAAAAUCAGCUUCUCCGUUUAAUCUUGCUGAGAAACCAAAGACUGUGCAGCUGCUUUUGGACUUCAUGCUGGAUGUCCUUUUGAUGCCUUAUGGAUAUGUGUUAAAUGAAUCCCAGAGUCGCCAAAAUUCAUCUUCAGCACAGGGUUCUUCUUCAAAUAGUGGGGGAGGUUCUGGAAUCCCACAGCCUCCCCCAGGAAUGAGCUUUUAUGCAGCUAAACGAGUUAUUGGAGAUAACCCAUGGACACCUGAACAGUUGGAACAGUGCAAAUUGAGUAUAGUGAAAUUCAUAGAAGCUGAGCAGGUGCCUGAGCUUGAAGCUGUUCUCCACCUGGUGAUUGCUUCUAGUGACACACGCCACAGUGUAGCCACCGCAGCAGACCUAGAGUUGAAAAGCAAGCAAAGCUUGAUUGACUGGAAUAAUCCUGCCAUCAUUAAUAAGAUGUACAAGGUAUACCUUGGAGAUAUACCACUGAAAACAAAAGAGGGAGCAGUUCUGAAGCCAGAGCUGAAAAGGGACCCAGUCAGCACAAGGGUCAAGUUAAAGAUUGUCCCCCACCUUCUUCGUUCUAGACAAGCUGCCGAAACGUUCCCAGCUAACAUUCAGGUGGUGUAUGAUGGACUCUUUGGUACAAAUACAAAUUCAAAAUUAAGAACAUUAUCCCUGCAAUUUGUGCAUCACAUUUGUGUAACCUGUCCAGAAAUCAAGAUUAAGCCAUUAGGUCCAAUGCUUUUGAAUGGUCUCACCAAGCUAAUCAAUGAAUAUAAAGAAGACCCUAAGCUACUGUCUAUGGCAUAUUCAGCUGUUGGAAAACUCUCCAGUCGAAUGCCACAUUUAUUCACUAAGGAUAUAGCUCUCGUGCAGCAGCUCUUUGAAGCCCUGUGUAAGGAAGAGCCCGAGACGCGACUCGCUAUUCAAGAGGCAUUAUCCAUGAUGGUUGGAGCUUACAGUACGUUGGAAGGCGCACAGCGCACUCUCAUGGAGGCACUUGUGGCCUCGUAUUUAAUAAAGCCUGAAGUUCAAGUUCGACAAGUGGCUGUGAAAUUUGCCAGCACGGUGUUUCCCUCAGACCAUAUUCCUUCCAGAUACUUGCUCUUGUUAGCCGCAGGAGACCCGCGGGAAGAAGUUCAUGGAGAGGCGCAGCGAGUUUUAAGGUGUCUUCCUGGUAGGAACAGGAAAGACGGUGCUUCUAAGCAGAUGCCGUCUUUCCCAGAAAUGGUGUACUAUAUCCAAGAAAAGGCUUCCCAUCGAAUGAAAACGCCAGCCAAGUACAUGACUGGGACCACUGUCCUUCCAUUUAACCCAGCAGCGUUUGGAGAGAUUGUCCUGUACUUGCGCAUGUGCCUGGCUCACAGCGCGGGGGUGGUGCCUACCUCUCAGAGUUUAGCUGAUAUGCAAGACCACGCCCCAGCCAUUGGACACUACAUACGGACUUUAAUGUCAGGCAGCCAGGCGGCACCUUCCUCCUCAUCUUCCAAGAGUGGGGAAACCAACCCUGUGCAGAUCUACAUCGGCCUGCUUCAGCAGCUGUUAGCAGGUGUCGGAGGUUUGCCAGUCAUGUACUGUCUAUUGGAGGCUGUCUCAGUGUAUCCAGAAAAGUUGGCCACCAAAUUUGUAGACAAAACUGAAUGGAUAAAGAGUCUCAUGAAUAGCAGUAAAGAAGAGAUGCGUGAACUGGCAGCCUUGUUUUAUUCCGUGGUGGUAUCUACAGUGUCGGGAAAUGAGCUGAAGUCAAUGAUAGAACAGCUGAUAAAGACUACGAAAGACAAUCACAGCCCGGAGAUACAGCACGGAUCCUUGCUUGCACUGGGAUUCACAGUAGGAAGAUACUUGGCUAAGAAGAAAAUGAAAAUGGCAGAGCAGCCAAACUUGGAGACACAUGCUGAUUUCCUGCCUGAACAAGAGGAGCUCAUUCAGAGUGCCACAGAAACAAUCGGCUCAUUUUUGGAUAGCACCUCCCCUCUCUUGGCGAUUGCUGCUUGUACAGCCCUGGGGGAAAUUGGCAGAAAUGGUCCCCUCCCAAUCCCCAGUGAGGGAUCAGGCUUUACCAAGCUGCAUCUUGUGGAGAGCCUGCUAAACAGAAUACCCUCCAGUAAAGAAACAAAUAAGAUGAAAGAAAGAGCUAUCCAAACACUGGGGUAUUUUCCAGUUGGGGAUGGAGAUUUUCCUCACCAGAAGCUCCUCUUGCAAGGUCUGAUGGAUUCUGUGGAGGCCAAGCAAAUAGAACUUCAGUUCACCAUCGGUGAGGCCAUCACCAGUGCUGCGAUAGGAACUGGUUCUGUGGCCGCCCGGGACGCCUGGCUGGUAACCGAGGAGGAGUACACGCCCCCCGCCGGAGCCAAAGUUAAUGAUGUGGUCCCCUGGGUGCUGGAUGUGAUUUUAAAUAAACACAUCAUCAGUCCCAACCCACAUGUGAGACAAGCAGCGUGCAUCUGGCUCCUUUCCCUUGUGAGGAAGCUAAGUACCCAUAAUGAAGUGAAGUCUCAUCUUAAAGAAAUUCAGAGUGCAUUUGUUUCUGUUCUGUCAGAAAAUGAUGAACUGAGCCAGGAUGUUGCCUCAAAAGGCCUUGGGUUGGUGUAUGAAUUGGGCAAUGAACAAGAUCAGCAGGAAUUGGUUUCUACUCUUGUAGAAACACUGAUGACUGGCAAAAGAGCUAAACAUGAAGUUUCCGGAGAGACAGUGGUGUUUCAGGGAGGAAGCCUUGGCAAAACCCCCGACGGCCAGGGCCUCUCUACUUACAAGGAGCUCUGUUCUCUGGCAAGUGAUCUUAGUCAGCCGGAUCUGGUGUAUAAAUUUAUGAACCUAGCCAACCAUCAUGCAAUGUGGAACUCUAGGAAGGGUGCUGCUUUUGGUUUUAAUGUAAUUGCUACCAGAGCUGGAGAACAGCUGGCUCCUUUCCUGCCUCAGCUAGUUCCGCGUCUUUAUCGUUACCAGUUUGACCCCAACCUUGGCAUUCGACAGGCCAUGACAAGCAUUUGGAAUGCACUGGUCACUGACAAGUCAAUGGUGGAUAAAUAUUUGAAGGAAAUUCUUCAAGAUUUGGUUAAGAAUCUAACCAGCAAUAUGUGGCGAGUUCGAGAAUCCAGCUGCUUAGCUCUGAAUGAUUUAUUAAGAGGAAGACCCCUAGAUGACAUCAUUGAUAAACUUCCAGAAAUUUGGGAAACCCUCUUUAGAGUGCAAGAUGAUAUAAAGGAAUCUGUACGAAAAGCAGCAGAACUAGCUCUGAAAACUCUAAGCAAGGUCUGUGUGAAAAUGUGUGACCCUGCCAAAGGAGCAGCUGGCCAGAGAACCAUUGCUGUCCUCCUGCCCUGCCUGCUGGACAAAGGAAUGAUGAGUCCUGUGACCGAAGUUCGAGCCCUCAGUAUCAACACCCUGGUGAAGAUCAGCAAAAGCGCAGGAGCCAUGCUGAAGCCACAUGCGCCAAAACUCAUCCCAGCCCUGCUGGAGUCCCUGAGUGUACUGGAGCCCCAGGUUCUCAAUUAUUUGAGCCUCCGGGCUACAGACCAAGAAAAGGCUGCAAUGGAUAGCGCCCGACUCAGUGCUGCCAAAUCCUCUCCCAUGAUGGAAACAAUCAACAUGUGCCUGCAAUAUCUUGAUGUAUCAGUGCUGGGUGAGCUAGUUCCUAGAUUAUGUGAACUUAUCAGAAGUGGUGUAGGUCUUGGAACCAAGGGAGGCUGCGCCAGUGUCAUCGUAUCAUUAACUACUCAGUGUCCCCAGGACCUAACACCUUACUCAGGUAAACUCAUGAGUGCUUUGCUUAGUGGCCUGACUGAUCGGAAUAGUGUAAUUCAGAAAUCCUGUGCAUUUGCCAUGGGCCAUUUAGUUCGGACCUCACGGGAUAGCAGCACUGAGAAACUCCUGCAGAAGCUCAAUGGCUGGUAUAUGGAGAAAGAAGAACCCGUCUACAAGACCUCUUGUGCUCUGACUAUUCAUGCUAUUGGACGAUACAGCCCCGAUGUACUGAAGAACCAUGCCAAAGAAGUUCUGCCUUUGGCAUUCCUAGGCAUGCAUGAAAUUGCUGAUGAGGAGAAAGCAGAAAAAGAAGAAUGUAACUUAUGGACUGAAGUGUGGCAGGAGAAUGUCCCUGGUUCCUUUGGCGGCAUUCGGUUAUACCUGCAGGAGUUGAUUACCAUUACCCAGAAGGCUUUACAGUCUCAGUCCUGGAAAAUGAAAGCGCAGGGUGCAAUUGCCAUGGCGUCAAUUGCAAAGCAAACCAGCUCCCUGGUGCCUCCGUAUCUGGGAAUGAUACUGACCGCGUUACUACAAGGCCUAGCUGGAAGAACAUGGGCAGGAAAGGAAGAACUUUUGAAAGCCAUUGCCUGUGUGGUGACAGCUUGCAGUGCAGAGCUGGAGAAGCCUGUGCCCGGUCAGCCCAGCACAAAUGAAAUCCUGCAGGCUGUUCUGAAGGAGUGUGGCAGAGAGAACCCCAAGUACAAGAUUGUAGCAAUCAGUUGUGCAGGGGAUGUCUUAAAGGCCACCAAAGAAGACAGAUUCCAGGAGUUUGCCGACAUUGUCAUACCUCUCAUCAAGAAGAACUCACCUGAAAGCAUUGGAGUACGGACAACCAAAAAUGAAGAUGAGAAUGAGAAGGAAAAGGAGCUCCAGCUGGAAUCUCUGCUGGGAGCCUUUGAGAGCCUGGGCAAAGCCUGGCCCCGAAGUGCGGAGACCCAGCGUUGUUAUCGUCAGGAGUUGUGCAAACUGAUGUGUGAACGGCUGAAGCUCAGCACAUGGAAAGUGCAGCUGGGAGUCCUACAGGCAAUGAAUGCCUUUUUUCAGGGAUUAAUGCUUUUAGAAGAAGAACAUGCAGAUCCUGAGGCUCUGGCUGAAAUUCUCCUUGAAACUUGUAAAUCAAUCACAUAUUCUUUAGAAAAUAAGACCUACUCAUCUGUGAGAACAGAAGCUUUAUCUGUGAUAGAAUUGCUGCUUAAAAAACUUGAAGAAUCGAAACAGUGGGAAAGUUUGACUCCUGAGUGCAGAGUGGUCCUGAUUGAGUCUUUAGGAACUAUGGAGACAGACAGCAGACCUGAGCUGCAGGAGAAAGCAUCGUUACUGAAGAAAACACUUGAAAAUCUGGAAUAAAUUAGAAGGGGGAGAAACAAAACAAGUGCCAUGUUCAUUGGGGUUUGAAACGGUGGUGUUCUUUGAAAAACCAAGUGGGGAAAAGUAAAGAUUAAUCUGUAGCAUGCAUCAUUCCUUGGCUGAAAUAAAAAAAAAAAUGCCUUAAAUUUUGUUCCUUAUUAGCUUUAUUUUACUCGAUGUUUUAAAAGUAUCUGGACUGGAUAAGCUAAAUGGAACCUUGGAUGAUAUUUGAGAGGUGGUUGUAGGUGAAAAUGACAGAAAUAGCUGUUGAAAGAAUUAGAGCUGUUAUUAAAAGAAUAGACAAAGUUACAGCGGGAACCUGCAUAAAAAUCUUAGAACUGCAUCCAAAUUUUACAAAGUCCUUUCAGGAAGAGGGGCUGUGUAAAUCGCUUAGUUUAACCCCCUUCUGUAACCUGAAGAAAUAGGCUAUGAGAUGAUGUAGUUUCCGUUCGGAGGCCUGUGCCGAGGCUGGAACCUGCAUGUUUGUUGACCUACCCAGGACACUUUUCUUUUACACCCUGCUGCCAAUCAGUGCUAACCUUGAUCUACCUGAGAAAUUCCCAAGAUGAGAAGGUACAGUCGUCCUGGCACCAGAACUGAACUGACCCAUUAUGUAAGCACUCUCGGAUUCUUGAAGUUCAGAAGCUGAACGUUUUGUCUUAUCAUUUGUUUAGAUGGUUGGCUUUUAGAAUGGUUAUUUACCAACCUUAUAGAUGGAGAGGGAGGGGAAAUUCAGUUUUUAUGUGAUAAUCGUCCUCCUUUUACAAGCAGAUGAAGGUAGAUUAGGACAAAAAUGUUCAUUCUGUCGUGUGUAUUUUGCAAAAACUCCAACCAAUCGUAACGGUAGAUCAUUUAAUCCAAACUGUAAAGGCAAAUUAAAAUUUUCUACCCACUUUUAUGCUAACAAUAUGACUGUGGGACAGAAAGAGAACCAUUUUAAUUAGCCAUCUGGGAAUAACAUGGUAUCAUUCAAAGUAAUUGCAGCUAGGGAGUCUUUCCUUACACUGCUCAUACUCCUGCCCAGGGAUGUCAGGUAAGGGGGAAAGAAGUUUAAAUAAGUGUUUAUCAAGGUGAAUGGAGAACCCUCUAGCUCACCUUGGAUUCCAAGCACAAAAUUGACUUUCACUCAAUUCUGACCCCUUACUGAUGUUAACAGCAGGGUGGAAAUUCCAUGUUGUUAAUUUUGGGGGCCUCUGUUAACCGAAGUGGGGCUUCCCACGUGGCGCUUAUGGUAAAGAAUCCAUCUGCCAAUGCAGGAGAUGCUAGAGACAUGGGUUCGAUCCCUGGGCUGGGAAGAUCCCCUGGAGUAGGAAAUGAAUUUUCUUGACUGUGACCCAUAGUCAAAGUAACUUUUUACAUCAUGACUCAGAACUCUGUGUGUUUGUAUGUGUGUGUGAGAGACAGAGAUAGAGGAUGAAUAGAAAAUCUUUAACUUAAAUAAAAUGUUUUGUGAAAUGAUAUACUCUUUAAGUGUGAUCUGCUUUGAUCCCUUCCCACCAGCUCCCCACCACCAUUCUGAAUGCCCUUCAGACCCACUAAAUUCAUUUUCUGACUCAUAAGUGGGUUAUUUAUAGUUUGAAAAACACUGCCCUAGAUAGUACCUAAGCCUAGCUGUAUAUGCUAUGUUUUGGGGUUGCUUCUGAUUGGAAAAGGAGUUUACAAAUGAAAAUUUAAGUGUUUAUUACCAAAAUAUCCUCCUAGCUGAUACUAAAUAUAAUUGUGAGUUUUGGCAGCGUCAUGAAUUUUAAGUAAACUAUCGUGGAUUUCCACUUGAGAGUGGUGUGUGUUUGGGGAAGGAAAAAUAAACCCCAUUUUUUAGAAAGCUUAUGUCCUCAUGGGACUUGGUGUUUUUCAGAUCAGUAUUACCCCUUCCACUAAGUGCCCUCUGACUUUAAUUUUCAGUACCUGGGAUCCUCUUCCUAGGCAAGAAUGCAGUGUAGGUCAGGUAGUAUCAGAAAGUAAGAGUGUAAGGGCAAGAAUUGUGCUCUUGGCUCGUAUCAAGUUUAAAACCUCAUCAGAUUUUAUGCUUUUUAAACUUUUUGUUACUCAAUAAUGGGAAUUUCCCAUGGUGCUGAGAGAGGUGCUAAGAUACUUGAACCUUAGUGCUUAGUGCUAUUGAAUUAAUUUGUUUUCGUUUUCUAAGCACAUUUCUAAGUUUUACACUUUGCCUUCAUCUUGACCAGCCGAGUCAUUUGCACAGCUAGUCACGUUAUUCAUGGUCUCCCGAUGCAGCUUGUGUGCAUAUGCACACACAAAUUUAUUUAAAAGAGUUAAAAACAGAGUUUGUAAUUGUGGAAUAGUGAUACUGGUGAACAAAUGGCAAAAGGACCUGUGAACAUCUGUAUCUUUGGCCUUCACUUUCCAAAUCUAUCUGAAACAGAUCUUUAUUAUUUUUUCCCUAGGAACAUUCAGUGCUACUCAUCACAUAAGCAACUGAUUUAGAGGGUCUACUGAAUUCCUUAUUCCUGGAAUACAUAUCGUCACAAAUUUAAUUGGUAAUGUGAAAAGGAGGUACCUGAGAUUUGGCAAUUGGAAAUCAAAACAAAGUAUAAAACUGUCUUUUUGGUGAUAAAGAGCAGCCAUUUCUUUAAUGUUUGUGUCCAAUUUACAAUUGCCAGUGUGUCUGCCUGUAAUACAGCAUACCUGCACAAUAAAAACCGAGUGCCACCGAAUCCCCGUUGCUUUACCCUCCCAUCCUUUACUUGUGUAUUCACUGAUGAGAAAAGCAAAGAAAAAAAGAUGUGACUGUCGGUCUGUGCUCUAGUAGCAAUUGCACUGUGUAGAACACUGUCUGCCCAUUGGGGGAGGUUCCUAUCUGCUGCUGCCACAAUAUAUUCAUGCUGCUUGUGAAGUACAGGGAGUUGUUUUGACACUGGCACCCACUGUAAUGUACAAACUGUUGUUAAUGGAUGUAUAUGUAACAGAUUUUUGUAUUUUAUAUGCAAAGUCUUCAUAGAAUCCUCUGCAAUAUGUACUGAGCUAGCGAAGCAUGUGAUAGUCUUGAAAGGAAAAUCCUUCUGAUGCCCAAGGAGAUAUUAAGUGGUAAAUAAAAGCUGCAUGAUCAGUU